GCACGAGGCACCCAGUAUGGCAGCCCCUCGCAGUAAAAUCGCUCAAGAUGGAGGGGGCCCAAUACACCAACUGUCGGUGUCUUGAGAGAAAAUAUACUCAGGUGCACUGCCGAUCGUUUCUGCACUUUAGCAUGCGAAUAUGGCAACGGCAACGGCAACGGCAAUGGCUGGUACCGACGGUAACAUCCCGUCUUACCUGCAGGGCGAUUCUAAAUCCCAGGGUACUGGCGAUGACGGCCGCUCUCCGCCCCGUAUGAACGACAAGUCGCCCGGCGUCCGCCGCGUAGAGGCGCUGGCUUCGGUCUUGACCACCUGGGACCGCGUCUUCAUUUUUGUCGGCGUCUUCCUCGUCGCCUUCGCCUACGGCCUGGAUGGCACGCUGCGCUACACGUACCAGCCUUAUGCCACCGCCUCUUUCUCGCAGCACUCGCUGCUGGGCCACCGUCAACGUGCUUCGGUCCGUCAUUGCCGCCGCCGCCCAGCCCACCGCGGGCAGGAUCGCCGACAUCUUCGGCCGCGCCGAGCUCGUCGCUUUGUCCGUCUUCUUCUACGUGCUCGGCACCGUCGUCGAGACCGUCUCAAACAAUGUCUCGACCUUCGCGGCCGGCGCCAUCAUCUACCAGAUCGGCUACACCAUGAUCAUCCUGCUCGUCGAGGUCAUCGUCGCCGACAUCACCUCGACGCGGGCCCGCCUCCUGUUCAGCUACAUCCCGGCCACUCCCUUCCUCAUCACCACCUGGGUGAGCGGGAACAUCUCCCAGGCUGUCCUGGGUGUCACCUCCUGGCGCUGGGGCGUCGGCAUGUGGUGCAUCAUCUAUUCCGUUUGUGCCAUGCCCCUAAUCCUCAGUCUGGCAAUCGUUGGCCACCGCGCGCGCAAGCAGGGCGCGAUGGAGAAGUACGGCGAGGCCCUCAAGAACCGCCCGUGGGGCCCCUUCCUGGUCGACCUCUUCUGGCGUCUCGAUGUCAUCGGCAUCAUCCUGAUAAUUGCCGUUUUCGCCCUCAUCCUCGUGCCCUUGACCACUGCCGGGGGCUUCGCGUCGUCCUGGACAGCCGCCCACGUCCUGGCGCCCCUCAUCGUCGGCAUCGUCACCAUCCCCGUCUUCAUUCUCUGGCAGCUGCGCGCCCCGCACCCGCUCGUGCCCUUCGAUCUCAUGAAGGACCGUGCGGUCUGGGGCGCUCUGGGCAUCGCCGUGUUGCUCAACUGGUCCUGGUACAUGCAGGGUGACUACCUGUUUACCGUCCUCUCGGUCGCCUUCGACUUCGACACCAUGACGGCCACGCGCGUGUCGUCCUUCUACAGCUUCUUCAGCGUCGUGUCUGGCUGCAUCCUCGGCUUCAUUGUCUUCAAGGUCCGCCGCCUCAAGGUUUUUAUCGUCGCCGGCACAUGCCUCUUCAUGGUCGCCUUCGGCCUCCUGAUUCGCUACCGCGGCGACGCCGACAGCUCGAGCCGCGCCGGCGUCAUCGGCGCGCAGGUGCUCCUCGGCAUCGCCGGCGGCAUGUUCCCCUACCCGGCGCAGGCUUCGCUGCAGGCCGUGCUCCAGCACGAGCGCCUCGCCGUCAUGACGGGCCUCUACCUGGCCACGUACAACCUCGGCUCGGCCUUCGGCGGCGCCGUCUCGGGCGCCAUCUGGACCCAGGUCCUGCCGGGCCAGCUCGACCAGCGGCUGGCGCCGUUCGGCAACGUCACGCUGUCCUCGCUCGCCUACGCCGACCCGUUCACCUUCUCGGCCGCCUAUCCCGUCGGUACGCCCGAGCGCCAGGCUGUCAUCGACUCGUACAAGUACGCCCAGCGCCUGCUCACCAUCACGGGCAUCUGCCUGUGCGUGCCGCUCAUCGGCUUCGCCGCCGUGCUGCGGAACCCGAAACUGAACGACGAGCAGACUCUGGCUAGCGAGUCCGUGGAAGGGGGGAUCUCCACCGGCCACUGACGUUGAUGCAACGGAGCGCCGAAACAAGGGGGCUGUGUGGUGAUUGCCGAAGCUGGGUGGUGUGUUUGGAUCGGUGUUGGAUAGGUAGCUAUUUGGCUAGGCCAAGAUGUGC